AUGCCGGGACCCUCGCCCGACGGCUCCCCGGAGCGGGAGUCGGAGAACGAGGGGCAGCCGCGGGAUCCCGGCGGGGGCAGGCGGGUGCGAUUCCACCUGCCCCACAUCGCCAUCCCGCUGCCGUCGGAGCGCGACGAGGAGCAGCUUUUCUACCAGCGGCUGGAGGCACUGGCGGCCCCGGGCCCUGGCAGCUUCGGGCCGCUCUUCGCGGCCGACGGCUGGAGCGACUUGACGGAGGAUCGGCUUCUGCGGAAGCGCGUGGUGCGGGACGGGCAGGGCGGUCCGCGGCCGCAGCCGGGCCAGGAGGUGUCGGUGAAGGUGCUGGGCGCCCUGGAGGACGGCGAGCUGGUGGAGCGGGACCAGCAGCUCACCUUCGUGCCGGGACACGGCGACGUCGUGCAGGUCAGCCCCGGCCAGUGGCGCGGUGCGGGCUGGGGGAUGCUCGGUACCGCACCCGGACAGCCCCGCCGUGCCCGCCCGCAGGCCCUGGAGCUGGGCGUCCCCACCAUGCAGCCCGGGGAGGUCUCCUUCUUCCUCGCCGCCUUCCCUUACGGCUACGGCCGCCAGGGCAGGGAGCCCGACGUGCCGCCCGAGGCGCCGCUGCUGUUCGAGGUGACGCUGCUGGAUGUGCGGGACGACCCCGACCCGCAGCCGCUGCCGCCGGGCGUCCGCCUGUGCCUGGGCUCUCAGCGGAGGGAACGGGGCAACUUCCACUUCGCGCGGGGCGACUUCGAGGCGGCCCUGCGCUCGUACCGCCUGGCCCUGCGCGCCCUGGACGGCCCCGCCGCCGCCCCGCCAGGGCCGCAGGAGGAAGAGGAGCUGCGGGAGCAGCGCGUCAAGUGCCUCAACAACUGCGCGGCCGCCGCGCUGAAGCUGGAGCGGGAGGAUGAGGCGCUGGCGGCCUGCGACGCAGCGCUGGGCAUCAGCCCGGACAACGGCCGGGCGCUGCUUCGGCGGGGGCAGCUCCUGGCGCAGCAGGGCCGGGACGCGGAGGCCGCCAUCGACCUGAAGAGGUCCCUGGAGCUGGACCCGGCCAGCAAGGUGAUCCACGCCGAGCUGUCGCGGCUGGUGAAGCGCCAGGGCCGCCCGGACCACGCCGCCGCCGAGCCCCGCCGCGGCCCGAUGCCGCCGCCCUGCCCCGGAGCCCCGGCACCGCCCGCCGCAGGGGGAGCGGCCUGAGCGGCCCGCGGAGCCCCGCGCCCCCGGAGGAGCCGCCCCGCCGGGGACGGAAGAGGAGGCGGGGCGAGGGGCGGGGAAGGAGCCCGCACCGGGUCCCGCACCGGGUCCCGCCCCGCCCUCCGGUGCCGCCCCUGCCCGGUCCCCGAGGCCCCGCCCCCUUACGUCACAGCAGGGCGUGGCUCCCGCCCCGCCCCCGCGCGCGGGCGCGGCUCCGCAGCUCC